AUGCCGCUUAUCGUGAAAUACGAAGUUGAGACAAACAGCAAGUUCAUUGUCUACUACGGUGAUAAGAGCUUUGGAUCAAAAGACAACGUAAAAGUUUACUGGGAAAGGAAGAAUGAAGCGUUACAAGGGCCUAUUAUCCCAUUUGACGGAAUACCUUUUGUGCAUGUCGGAGAUAAAAUUUUAUGGUGCCACCAAGGAAAAGACAAAAUGAAAAAUCUAAAUAAACUUAGCAGGCGAUUUUAUCCUACGAACAAGGAUAUCUAUAACCAUCUUUACAAAGGAAAGCCGAACCAUUUUUCUUCCAAUGAUCAAAAGAACUUGGAAGAGCUUAUUAAAAAAUGGAAGUUUGAAAAUCCACAAGAUUUCUUUCUGUUUCGUCCUCACUCCGGCAAACCAUGUGCAGAGGAGUCAACAGAGAACAAUGAUAACACCAUCUCAAACGAAGAUACAGAGGAAUCGUUAGAGAUGGACACAAGCACUUUAAUUUUCUGUCAUCAAACGAAAUAUCAGAAACACCUCCUAGGAAAGUAUGGCAAUCAAAUGUGCUUACUCGAUGCCACCUAUAGAACAACGAAGUAUGAUCUCCCACUUUAUUUCUUGUGUGUGAGAACAAAUGUAUGUUACCAAGUUGUUGGAUCAUUUAUCAUACAGUUCGAAAACAUCAAAUGUAUACAGGAAGCGUUGAUGGUGUUUAAGGAGUGGAAUGCUGAUAUAUGGAAGCCUUCUCGUUUUAUGGUAGAUUUCGCCGAAGAAGAAAUUCAAGCACUCGAAACAACCUUUCCAGAUGCGGAAGUACUUCUUUGUGAUUUUCAUCGAGAGAAAUCGUGGCAGGAGUGGACGUCAAAAAUAGAUAAUGGUGUUUUUCAGAAUAAACAGGAAAUUCUAAAUCUACUACGCAAUAUUGCACAUGCUGCUACGUCUGAACAAUGUCAAAAGUCAAUGAACGCCCUGACAGAAAGCAUAUUUUGGAAAGAAAAUCUCAAAAUGAGAAACUGGUUUGGUGGAAAGUGGCUGCCAAACAUUAAGGUAGUAAACUAA